CAACGAGUGAGACAAAAGAGGCUGCGGCUGCAUUGAGUGUGCUGGUGGUGUGUCCGUCUACGAAGCCACAAGCUAACCGCAUCCCCCUCCUCCUCCUCCACCUCCUCCUCCGCCUCUCUGCUACACACGGCGGAAAAAAAAAAAAAAAACACAGAGAAGACGGAGAUAAUUCGCGACAUCGAGAUCUCUGGAAGCCAAGCUGAGGAGUCGAGGAAGGAGCGGGUUCUGUGCUCGUCGAGCCGCGGCGUGCUGCGGGGGUGUGCGGUGCGUGCGGGCUGCUUGGAGACAGCUCUAACCCAGAACAAAGGAGUCUUGAGCAGCGACAGGAGAGACGAGCGUUUGCCAUUCUCCUUGAAACCCGGCGGAAUGGCUGCGUGAAGGCGGCGGCGCCUCGCAUUUCUCCACGAAGCUUCCCCAGAGGAGAGGAAGAAGGAGGACAAAAGCAGAAGAGUUUGUUGAGAGACACCCAAGAAGUCGGCGGCUACAAUGUUUCCUCAGAACCGACCACCGGCGCCUCUGCAGCCACCUCCGGGGUCCUCUGCCUCAGUAGUGGCAGCUGCAGCCGCAGCAGCAGCCGCGGCUUCGGGGACACCUCAGUCACUGAAACUUACCUACCCAGAAACUCUGGAUCGUAUCAAGGAGGAGUUUCAGUUCCUCCAGACGCAGUACCACAGUUUGAAGCUGGAGUGUGAGAAGCUGGCCACGGAGAAGACCGAGAUCCAAAGACACUACGUUAUGUAUUAUGAAAUGUCCUACGGCCUGAACAUUGAAAUGCACAAGCAGCUCAUCCCCUUCCUGUCACAGGAGCACCAGCAGCAGGUGGUCCAGGCAAUGGAACGCGCCAAACAGGUGACCAUGGGGGAGCUAAAUGCUUCGAUAGGGGUACGUGGGCUCCCCCCUCUGCCUCAUAGCCAGCUUCAGGUGCAGCACCUAUCCCAGCAUGCUCAGGGUUUGCCUGUGGGACCACACCCGUCAGGACUGCCCCACCCCAGCCUGGCGCUCGGCGGCGGGUCGGGCCUGCUCGCCCUGUCCGGCGCUUUGGGAGCCCAGCUGGCUGCAAAAGAUGAGAGGGCGCACCUGGAGGCGGUGGCGGCGGCGGCCUCUGCUGCCGCUGCAGAGCACCACAGAGAUCGUGAAGCUGGACCGAGCUCUCUUUCCAACGGCGAUAAGGGUCGUUCAUCAGACUACCUCAGCAACGGCAAAAAGAGGAAAGCAGACGAGAAGGAGUUCAUGACCGACUACGGCAGUGAUGUGGAUAAGAGCGAUGAUAAUUUGGUGGUGGAUGAGGACCCGUCCUCCCCCCGCAGCGUGCAGUCCUACUCGUCACGGGAAAAUGGUUUAGACAAGAUGCCCCUGUCUCGUAAGGAGGGCCCCCCCCAGGCCAGCCCCACCUCUCUUGCUUCAUCCAGCAGCGCUACCUCCCCCUCACGUGGCAAAGAGCCCCCACAGAGAGAAAAGUCCAGCACCCCAGGUAUGAAGCCAGGGACCCCCAUGUCUCAAGAGUCCAACACCCCUGGACCAAGUGGGCCCCCACAGUUUAGACCUGUUCCGGGCAAGCCUGGCGUAGACCCCCUCGCUCUCGGCCUGAGAAACCCCUUGGCCGUGCAGGGGGCGUACCCUCCAGGAGCUUUUGGCCUGCCUCCCCCAGGAGUGAAUGGCGACCUGCCGGGGACGGCGGGCUACGGAGCCGGCCUCCACUUGGUCUCCCCCCAGAUGAACGGAGCAGCGGCGGCGGCAGCUGCAGCUGCUGCAGGCUAUGGCCGGUCCCCUGUGGUGGGCUAUGAGUCUCCACACCCCCAUAUGAGGGUCCCUGGGCUUCCUGCCAGCCUGCAGUCGGCUUCAGGAAAACCCGCCUACUCGUUCCAUGUGAGCGCAGACGGUCAGAUGCAGCCGGUGCCGUUUCCCCCCGACGCCUUGCUCGGUCCGGGGAUCCCGCGUCACGCCCGUCAGAUCCACACGCUGAGCCACGGAGAGGUGGUGUGCGCCGUCACCAUCAGCACCUCGACGCGCCACGUUUACACCGGAGGCAAGGGCUGUGUCAAGGUGUGGGACAUCAGCCAGCCAGGAAGCAAGAGUCCUAUGGCCCAACUGGACUGUCUGAACAGGGAUAACUACAUCCGCUCUUGCAAGCUGCUCUCAGACGGGCGAACCUUGAUUGUUGGCGGCGAAGCCAGCACGCUGUCCAUCUGGGAUUUGGCCACGCCCACUCCUCGCAUUAAGGCGGAGCUAACGUCGUCCGCUCCGGCCUGCUACGCCCUGGCCAUCUCGCCUGACAACAAGGUCUGCUUCUCCUGCUGCAGCGAUGGCAACAUCGUCGUCUGGGACCUCCACAACCAGACGCUGGUCCGGCAGUUCCAGGGCCACACAGAUGGGGCGAGCUGCAUCGACAUCUCCAACGACGGCACCAAACUGUGGACCGGAGGGCUGGACAACACGGUGCGCUGCUGGGACCUCCGGGAGGGACGGCAGCUGCAGCAGCACGACUUCACCUCACAGAUCUUCUCUCUGGGCUACUGUCCGACGGGCGAGUGGCUCGCUGUGGGGAUGGAGAGCAGCAACGUGGAAGUCCUGCACGUCUCCAAACCUGACAAGUACCAGCUGCACCUCCACGAGAGCUGCGUCCUCUCGCUUAAAUUCGCCUACUGCGGUAAAUGGUUUGUGAGCACAGGGAAAGAUAACCUUCUGAACGCCUGGCGGACGCCCUACGGAUCCAGCAUAUUCCAGUCCAAGGAGUCCUCGUCCGUCCUCAGCUGUGACAUCUCACCCGACGACCAGUUCAUCGUCACCGGCUCUGGGGACAAGAAGGCGACAGUCUAUGAAGUCAUCUACUGA